AUGGCAGACUCAUCACCCGACGACCUUUCGGCCCAGGCUGAAUUCAAGGCAGGUCAGAAGCGAGCUGGCGCGGAGCGUUCAAAUGCCAAACAGCGUGCCUCUUUGGCAUGUGUUCCUUGCCGCAGUAAGCACGUCAAGUGUGACGGACUUCUACCGCAAUGCACUCGAUGUAAAGAGGAGGGGAAAACGUGUCGCUAUGUCAAUUCACGUCGAGGAAUCCGAGAUACAAAGAAGCGAAGCAUGAUGAAUGAUGGGACCAUGACAGACCAAGAUGACAUGACAGAGAGCACACCCUCGCCCAGCCUUGCAGGAUCCGACAUAUCGGUUCCCCAACCCAGAGCGCACACUGCUCCCGGUCCUAAGCAACACAUCGACCUCUACUAUGACCACUUCCAUGUUGCCCACCCCUGGCUCCCUCCUAGAGAAGCACUGGAUCAUUACUGGAAUACGGACCAGGAUGGCUUGCAGUUUCUCAUGGUAACAGUUCAUUAUAUUGGUUCUCUCUAUUCAGAGCCUCGGGGUAAUGCGGACCUACAGCGGCGAGCCGACCAUAUGUCGCGCCAGUCGCUUCCCCUGACAGUCUGGUCUGUUCAAGCGCUACUGUCUCUAUCCAUAGCUGCAUUUGGGGGACAUGGCGAUUACGCCUCCUUGUUUAGCAAAGCCCUCCAGCUCGCUCUUCAUCUAGGACUCCAGCACAAGGGGGCUGCCGAUAGAUACACGGACCCUGUUCUAGGCGAGUCAUGCCGACGAACGUAUUGGGGACUAUACGUAUACGAAUCGUUACUAAACACACCAUCAAGCUCAUUUCAUUCAUUAGUCUGCCCAUUGGACACAAUUUCAGGCACGGAACUUCCAUGUGAAGAAUGGGAAUAUCAAGCCCGUAAAAUCCCAGCCCCAGUGUCUCUACAUCAGUACGACCGAUCAGACACCCAUCAGGUGUAUUCAUCUUGGGCUUACUUCAUCGACAUUAUACGCAUACGUGACCGCUACAUGAUCCCCCUCCUUCACGGAUGUGGCAAAGUAGACCCCAAUCUUCUUGUGAAUGCGAACCAGGAUAUCAAUGCAUGGCGGUUCAGCAUAAGGGAUUGGAAACUGCAGCGUGUCGACGAGGAUGGCAUGCUUGAUACAAUAUUAUAUCAUGCGUUGGUAGUUUCCCACGGUCUCUGGAUUCAAAUACAGCUUCACCUUCACCGUGCACCGCCGCAGGGGGGAUAUCAAGAGUCCGGAUGCAGUGGACAGUCCAGUAUUUAUAUUCCAGCUUCACUGGCUCAAUCAUCUUAUAACGUGGCUGACGAAACUGAUACUUCGCUACCGCCAACUAUCCAAGCACCACUACGUCUUGUGUCCCUUUUUAACCCUCGUCUUGAACCGGGGAGGCUCUCUCCGGCAUGCGUUCCAUUAUUAGAGGCGGCAGUUAUAUCCCUUAUCGACAGCUCAUGUCCUCGUAAUGGAGGGUAUCAGGACUACACGGCCAAAGCCUACUUUUUAGUAGGUGUCCUGAGAAAAUCCGGCGAGUUUUGGUCACGAUCGAAAGAGACCUCAGAAAGGAUGCACCAGAGGGUAGAAGUGACACAAGCAAGGAUUACCCGGCCUGUAAUGACAGAUAUUGAGGCAAUUGCCUCUACAUCAUCUUAUGAGGACGAAUACCUCGGGAUCCUGUCGUCUAUGAUGGGGCCAAUUGGAGGCUGGUCGGAUCAUACUUUUCAGUCGAUAAGAGACACGCCAACAACAGUGGGAUUCCCUUCUUGUCCGGGAAUGCUGUCUCAAUCUUUCGGUGUUGAUGCGAUGGGGGCGGGUGCAGUGGCCGGGACCAGACGUUCAUAUUCACAUCUUAGGUCCAGAGCAGAUGGUACAGAUGAUGGAUCAAGGACAUCCUCUCCACAGAUCAAGGUAGAGAGGCAAUGGUUAUAG